GAACUUCGAACUUAUAGACGCUCGGCUUGUCAGGCCAACUCACGAACCACCCACGUCGCCAGAAGCAAGUAUCAUAUUCAGGUAGUAGCACACGUCUUGAAGACCUCACGUCUGGGCGCACCGCGACAACGCUGCCCAACUACGGGCAAUGGGGUCACAGGCGAUACGGUUGUGUGCGAUUGGGAGUAGUGAUGUCGCGAGGGCGGUAGUGGUAGUAGCGCUGAUGAUGGCGCGCUGCUGCUUGCUGCCUCUCGCACGCGCUGCACCCGUGCUGGACUCUGACAUGGGUGUGUUGGAGGACCUGGUAUCGGCAUGGGGCACUUUCAACGGCAGCGACACAUGGAGCAGGGGCAGGGACUGCCGCACCAUGACUGCUGUCUACUGCGAUGAGGAUGGCCAUGUCAUUGCGCUCGACCUGCGUGACAAUGAGCUCACAUCAACCAUUCCACUAGAGAUCACAUCCCUGGAGCACCUCGAACGGCUCUCCAUCAUCAACAGUUGGCUGAUUGGCUCUCUACCAACAUUUCUUUUCAUGAUGCCCAAUAUAAAAGACGUUGUUCUCCCAGGAAAUCUGCUUAUAGGCAGCAUACCCGACGUGGGAGACGCAACUGGCCUCCGAUCCCUUGUGAUUGAUGGCAACCAGCUCAGCGGCACCCUUCCCUCUUCCCUGGGCACCCUCUCUGCACUCGCCAACCUCGUUCUGAGCACCAAUGGCUUCUCGGGAUCCAUUCCAGACUCUUUCAGCAAUCUGAAGAACCUUGUGUACCUCUCUUUAGAGUACAAUGGCUUCUCGGGUCCCAUCCCUGCCUUUCUCAGCAACAGUCCUGCAAUGAAGUACCUCGUACUGCAGUACAAUCAGUUCACAGGGCAGAUACCCGACUCCCUUGGUGACCUCACCAACCUUCGAGUGCUGACUGUGAAAGGAAAUCUGUUAACUGGACCUAUCCCAACAGCACUUGGGAACUGCACUUCUUUGACUGAACUCGAUGUGAGCUGGAACAAGCUCUCAGGGUCCAUCCCCGGCAUCCUUGGCAGCCUCCAAGGCCUGAAGCGCUUGGAUGUGCAUCAGAACUUGCUGAGUGGCCCUCUGCCAGACGAGCUGUCACGCCUGCAGCAGCUGGAGCGCUGGGAUGCAAGCACGAACUCUAUAAGUGGGUCGUUGCCUGCAUGGAUUGACAACCUGAAGAACUUGAAUCUGCUUGGCCUGAGCGAGAACGGGCUCCGGGGCUCCCUUCCAGACACACUGGGCAACAUGAAAAAGCUAUCUUACCUGUGGCUCGACUACAACAUUCUUUCUGGAUCCAUCCCCGAGUCGAUUGGAGAGCUCACUGGCCUGGAGACGCUGCUCCUGGAUCACAACUAUCUGUUUGGCACCAUCCCUGCAUCCAUGAACAACCUUCAGCGACUCACUGCCAUGACUCUGUCUUUUAAUUACCUGGUUGGAGAGAUACCUGCAGCAUUCAGCACAUUCACUCGCCUCCGAUACUUUGUUGUGGAGUUCAACCAACUGGUGGGGAAGCUGCCCUCUCUCAAGAUCAUGCCGUCGCUCAAGGCCGUGGCAGCAGGCGGCAACUUCCUCACUGGUGCAGCAGAGGCACCCCCUGCAUGCCCCACGUACCAGCUGCUGCUGCACGCCAACUGCUUCUCUCGCAACCUCACCAUCUGCGGCAGCGAACAAACACAGAAGAGCGCUGGUUUUUGUCAGUGGUUCUGUGGGAACGAGCCCCUGAGCCCCCCUUGCAGUGGCCAUGGAGUGUGCUACGUCCUGCCUCAGAGCAGUGAUCCUGAGUGUGGUUGCGACUAUGGGUACACAGGUGGAACUACCGCAGCCACGUGUGUCCCACAAGGGCCGUACAUCCCUUCCCUCCUCACGUCCUACUCACACCCGAUGGCUCUCUUCCAGUCGGCCUCCUCUGCCCCCAACGGCUCCAUCUUCCUCUCCUCUGCGACAUCCACUGCAUCAUGGGGAGCAGCCUUCACACAGCAGCCCAUCGCCCUCUUCCUCCCCACCACCCGCAAGGCGCCCUGCGACCAGCCCAUUGCCUUCGUCGUGCACUUCGCAUUUCGAAUGACCCCUGCUGCUGGGGCUGCUGGCGCAGGCACCACGGGCAGCAGCUCAGGAGGCGAGGGCCUGGCGUUUUUAGUGAGUGCGGUGGCACCGCAGGGGGCUGCAGCAAGUGUUGGGCUGGGAGGGUUGGGGAAGCGAAGUGUUGGAGUGGAGUUCGACUCGGUGCAGAGUGUGAAGCACAGCGACCCCAACGACAACCACGUGGGCGUCAAUGUGGGCGGCUCACCUGUGUCCCUCGCCUCCGCCACGGCCCCUCUCAUCCUCAACGACGCCCAAACCAAGCACGCCUGGAUCCACUACGACCCCACCAGCGGCGGCACUCUCCGAGUCUUCCUCUCAGCCUCCAGGCAGCAGCCGUCAAAGCCUCUGCUGACGACAAGAGUGUCUCUGUGCAGCGCGCUCAAGCCCACCAUGGGCGAUGCCUCCUUCCUCUUUGGCUUCGUCGCUGCCUCUGCCAACAAUACUCAGAGGCAUGAUAUCCUGUGGUGGGAGAUUGUGACGGGCGUACCAUCUGUGGUGGACUGGCAGCAGCGGCCUCAUGGCAGUGCAUUUGGGCGGGUGGCAUCAGCAGAGGAGGUGGCAGCAGGCAGUGAGGGGGAGAGUGCGCCCUCCUCCUUCCACUAUGCCAGCCUUGCCUUCCAAGCCAAUGCAGAUGGGCUGCCUUCCUGGAACCUUCCGCCUUUUGUCUCUUGGAUGCGGGACGAGACAACAUGGCCUCUGAAGAACCAAUAUGGAUGUGCCGACUCGUCAGCCUAUGCAGUGGUGGCAGCGGUGGAGGCAGCCUACAGCAUCGCGAGCAACGGGUCGCAGCCCCCCGUGCUAUCUGUGGAGCAUCUGCGUGUGGACCUCUCGUCCAACUGCGACGACAUGUCUCCCCGCGAUGUGCUGGCCUUCCUGACGGCUGCCACGCGCAAGGGAGGGGGGCUCGUGGAUGAGGCAGCAGCAGCGGGCGCCACUCAACGCAGCAUGGCGUCUGCAGGCCGGCGGGAGAGGCUCCAGAAGCCCAAGUACUACGGGAUUCAGGGCUUUGAGGAGACCUCGUUUGGCGGGUGGCUGGGGCUUCUGCUGGCCGUGCAGCGGCAGCCAGUGGUUGUGAGAAUAGAGGCAUCCGCACCAUCGUUCAUUGAAUACGAUGGGACGUCCAAGUACGCGGACAGCAGCUGCUUCCACGGGGCGGUGAACCACGCGGUGCUGCUGGUGGGCUAUGCUGUGGAGGGCAGCGCGUCCAGCCCUUUCAGUCUGCCUGCGCCACUCUGGGUGAUCCGCAACUCAUGGGGCAGCGGGUGGGGGGAUGCAGGCCACAUGCUCAUGGACAUGCAGAGCGGCCCGGGCGUCUGCGGCAUCAACACACUUCCGGGGCUCUUCCCCAUCCUCAGAGCUGCUGCUGACCCAUGUGGCAGCAAGUCCGUGCAGCUGACAGCAUCAGCGGGAGUGGCAGCAAGCAAUGCGUUCAACCCGUGUGGGCAGUUCAAGUGCUCCAAGGCCGGAGCAUCCAACCGCUGUGCCUGUGCUGCUCCCCUCUUCGUCCAGGUCGCUCACUCCGACGGCUCCAACACAUGCGCCUAUGUGGAUGCGUGUGGGCUGGCAGGCAGCAACCCGUGUGUGGUGGGCACGUGUGUGAACGAUGGCAGGGGCAGCUAUUCCUGUGUGUGUCCGCUAGGGUUUGUUCAAGGCCCCACAGCUGAGGGAACCCUUUCCUGCGCUCCCGGUGACAGCAAGGGCAGCUACACGGUGCGUGGAAGCAAUGUGCGGUGCUCUCACUUGCUGCCUGUGCUUGGCCUCCCACUGGACCAACUCAAGCAACAGAACAAGAAGCUCUCCUGCUCCAAGCCCAUCCCAGUGGGCUUCAAGCUCACUGUCAAGCCGCCUCAAUCACUUCCCAACUGCUCUCUUUUCUACACCACCCAACCUGGCGACAGCUGUGCAUCAGUGGCAGCGCUCUUUAACCUGACCGAGGGGUGCCCCGUGGAGGGCGAGGCAUGCGAGGAGGCGGUGGUGGGGCUCAAUCCUGGGGUGGACUGUGCAGCGCUCGCGGGCAGCCAGGUCGUGUGUGUGGAGCGGGAGGAGAGCAAGGCGGGGGUGGUGGCAGUGUGUGAGCAGCAGUACGAGCUGCAGGGCAGUGGCAGCUGCGAUGCUGCAAGGAUGGCCGUGGAUCCACCUCUGAGCCCCUUGGAGUUCUACCGCCUCAACCCCGGCAUCAACUGCAACACCCGCCUGCCGACUGAUUCAAUAGAGGGCUACUCACAGCGCAAGGUGUGCAUUGGCAGCAGCACCAGGUACAAGAGUGGCAAGUGCCCUGCAGGCAUGUACAGAGUUCAACCUGGAGACAGCUGCGCCAUGAUUGAGGUGAAGGGGUUUGCCAGCAUUAAGAGCUGCUACAGGAAGAUGAACGGGUUUGAGUGCUUGGAGAAGAUGCCCGUGGGGACAACUGUCUGCACCCCUGAUGCUUCUGGUGCCAGAGUGGGAAUAUGCUCAAUGGGGGUGUAGAAAUGCAUGAAAGCGUAGGUAUGACAGCUCUUGCACAGCAUUUCAUUCACCCACUUUUUUAGCGGGAGAUUUUGAUUCGCUCACUUCAGGGUAAAAUUGUCAACAUAUUGAUGUAUAUUGUAAUAGGCUAGAUAGGUGCAUGCUAUAGCGAGUACAGCACCUAGCACAAAACUACCCUGUACCACCCUUCCAAGUCUA